AUGGACACAUUCAAAUCACUUGUCCAACCUCUCGUGGGUGGUGCCGCUGGCUCCUCCGUUAUCGACGGCAUGAAGCUCGUCGUCCUGGGUGGCACCGUAGAAACCGCUAGAAGGGUAUCGAGCUCUGCCUGGCAACAUAUUCCUAUCCUUUCAACCUUCUUCACCUCCGAGGCGAACACAUGGAUCCCGCGCCUCAAUAUCAUUCAACUGCACGGACAUCUCAUGUCGCCAUUAUAUUUCAUUCUGAUUGCAAUGCAUUCUGCCUUCAAUAGCAAGUUUUACAUCCUCUUUACCCUAUUCUUUCUUCCAUCUGGCCUCCAGAAUGCUCGAUGCCGCACCAUAGUUGACGUCGAUAUCUUAUCGUUCUUCCCCUUACUAUUGCCCUUCUUUCUUACGGCACAUUUUUCGGAGGAAGACUACCCUUAUGAGUGGCUCAAGCUUUGGCUGUCACGAAGGCCAGAGUGGCAACAGUCGCGAGAAUUCGAGACUACCACCCGUUCUUCCUCCGGUUUUGGACGGACAGUUGAUAACUCCUUCGGUGACGACGAGGACGAUUCGGAUGAAGACGACAUACCGGGAAAGGUCAAGACACGGGUCGUAUUUCAGCCGACCUUCGACACCACGCACACCAUCUUCUAUGGAGGACAUUGGCUUCGGGUCAAGCGGGGCAGGAAGAGUGACGGGAGUGGAUGCGAAGUUCUGUCGAUAAGUGUGGUCGCCCGGAAUAACACAAUCUUGAAACAGGUCGUCCUCGAAGCCAAGCGAGAAUUUGAAGCGGAGGCUGUUCAUCGCAUCCAGAUAUACUUCGCGGAUUUCUAUGGGAGCUGGCGCUGGACAGACUCGCGCCAUAAACGCCCAAUGGGGUCAAUUGUGCUCAAUCCAGGCGUGAAGGAGAUGCUUCUCAGUGACACUCGAGAUUUUUUAAAAUCUGAGCAGUGGUAUGCAGAUCGGGGCAUUCCUUUUCGACGAGGAUAUCUCCUCCAUGGUGUCCCGGGGUCCGGUAAAUCCUCUCUGAUACAUGCAAUUGCCGGCGAACUCAUGCUGGACAUUUACGUCGUAUCACUUUCGUCCUCCUGGAUCAGCGACAGUAUGCUAACGACGCUGAUGAGUCAUGUUCCCUCGAGAUGUAUACUCCUGCUGGAGGAUUUGGACGCCGCUUUCACGAGAAGUGUCUCGCGAGACAGUAGCUCUAAUGGAAACCCUGAGAGGAAUGACGAUGAGGGUAAUGAUCAAAUUGAUAUCCCUAUUAGUUCUCCCACCACGGGCCGCAGUAGGAAACAUCAGCGAGACCAAAUGUCAGAGGUGAACACGUUGAGUUUGAGCGGACUCUUGAACGCCCUGGAUGGAGUGGCGGCAGCAGAAGGUCGAUUGUUAUUCGCUACGACAAAUCAUCUGGAGCGCCUCGAUCCUGCACUCUCUCGACCAGGUCGAAUGGAUGUCUGGAUAGAGUUUAAGAAUGCGUCGAAAUGGCAGGCAGAGGCACUGUUCCGGAAUUUCUUUCCGUCUCUGGAAGAAUCCGCGCCGUCAAAAGUUGGCUCUACACCGAGCGGCGACGAGCUUCAGGCCAUAGACCUACCUUCACCUCCGCAAACGCCGAGUCCAGGCUCAUCGACACUAUGGUUCCAUUUCCCUUCAUUUGUGUCGUCAUCCACGUCGCUACCCCUUUCGCCGAAGAAAAACGUCAACGACAAAUCCAGGGGCCAGAUACUGUCUCAAUUCGGCGCGAAUAACCGGGCCUAUUUGCCACCACCGAUAGAAGAGUAUGUUGCGAACAGCCAACAUUCUGCGAAGCCUCUAGCCAGCGUUGCAUUGGCGUCAUUGGCAAAGAAAUUUGCAGAUGCUAUCCCACAGGAAGAAUUCAGCGUGGCAGCGCUGCAAGGAUAUCUUCUGAAGCACAAGAGCCAGCCGUACAAGGCGGCAAAUGAGGCGGCAGAAUGGGUUACGAGCGAGAGGGAAAUGAAGGAGCGUUUGAGGGCAGAGAAAGAGAAGAAGGACAGGGAGGACAACGAGAAGAAGGAAAGGAAGAGGAAAGCCAGAGAGGAGCAAAAGAAGAAGCUGCAGGAAUCGGAGACUGCAGAGCUCGUGAAGUUGAAGAAGGAGUUGAAGAACAGGAAGGAAAGAGACAGGAUGAGAGAAGAAAUGCUGGAAUCAAUAACGAUGGCUGAAGACCUCUUUGUCGCCGCUGUGCCUACUCCGGAGCCUCUGUCUAUGUCUACGGUCGUUGCUGACGAUGAUUCUGAAGGCGACGGCGAAGAUGGGAAUGCACCUAAUCAAUUCAUUUCUUCAUGCGACUGGGCUCCAUGGAUGUCGAAUCCUGACUGGAUGUUGUGCUCACUCCCUGUGGAAUCGGGAAAGUGGAUAAAACAUUGACCUGAUUGGAGGGCUCUCCAGACAUGACUAGCAUGGAAUCUAUGGCCGUAGUUGAGCCUGGGACAGCCAGUCAAUCACGGGAGCAUCCUGGCAGGUAUUCACUUACGCACAUGUAUAUUAUUCCAUUAGCAUCAUACGGAUUUACGUUCAACCGUAUACCCUCAGCUGUACACGGCUCCAUACUACUGUAUCUCAUCAUUUGCUGUCUAUACUACAAUCUCUGUUUUUAUUUAGAUUGAAUUUUG